GGGCAUGAGAGCCCAUUCAUUUGAAUGGGUCCCGUGCCCCCUGACAAGCAGGGAAGUCCCUGCACUUCUUCUGAAAAUGCAACCCGCAUGGGAAGCUCGGUUCCCAGUACGGUUGCGUUUUCCAGUGCAGGCAAUGUGCCAAUAGAAUAGGAAUGCGAGUCCGCAUUCCUCCGUGCGGGUGGUGCGGCUGCACGGAUUUUCGUGCUGAUCCGCAGUGGCACCACCCGCACAUAUGUGAACCUAGCCUUAUAGAAAAGCACAUUUGUGAGGUCAGGCA